AGGGACCUGCUCGGCGGCCGGGCUCUGCCGUCCCUGGCAGCGCGAGGGAAGAUGAACAAGAUGAAAAACUUCAAGAGGAGGUUUUCACUCUCGGUGCCGCGCACGGAGACCAUCGAGGAGUCGCUGACGGAGUUCACGGAGCAGUUCAACCAGCUCAACAACCAGAGGAACGAGGACCUGGCUCAGGGCCACCUGCAGCUGGCACAGCUGGGCAGGGACGUGCCAGGGGAUGGCAGCCCCGUGUCCCCGCAGGAGGGACAGGGCCAGUCCCCGGUGGCCGCCGUGCGCUACCGCAACCACGGCCAGCGCCGCUUCUCCAUGGAGGACGUCAGCAAGCGCCUCUCGCUGCCCAUGGACAUCCGGCUGCCCCCCGAGUUCCUGCAGAAGCUGCAGAUGGAGAGCCUGGAGCUGCCCAAGCCCCUGAGCAGGAUGUCCCGGCGAGCCUCCCUCUCAGAUAUCGGCUUUGGGAAGCUGGAAACCUACAUCAAACUGGACAAACUGGGAGAGGGCACCUACGCCACGGUGUUCAAGGGCCGCAGCAAACUGACAGAGAACCUGGUGGCGCUGAAGGAAAUCCGCCUGGAGCACGAGGAGGGGGCUCCUUGCACGGCCAUCCGGGAAGUGUCGCUGCUGAAGAACCUCAAACACGCCAACAUCGUCACCCUGCACGACAUCAUCCACACCGAGCGCUCCCUCACCCUCGUCUUCGAGUACCUGGACAAUGACCUCAAGCAGUACCUGGAGAACUGCGGGAACCUGAUGAGUGUGCACAAUGUGAAGAUCUUCAUGUUCCAGCUGCUCCGUGGCCUGGCUUAUUGCCACGGCAGGAAAAUCCUGAACCUGCUCAUCAACGAGCGAGGGGAGCUCAAACUGGCUGAUUUUGGAUUAGCCAGGGCCAAGUCGGUCCCAACUAAAACCUAUUCCAACGAGGUGGUGACGCUCUGGUACCGGCCCCCCGACGUCCUGCUGGGAUCCACCGAGUAUUCCACGCCCAUCGACAUGUGGGGGGUCGGGUGCAUCCACUACGAGAUGGUGACGGGCCGGCCGAUGUUCCCCGGCUCCACGGUGAAGGAGGAGCUGCACCUCAUCUUCCGGCUGCUGGGAACCCCCACAGAGGACACCUGGCCUGGGAUAACAUCCAACGAGGAGUUCAAGGCUUACAACUUCAGCCAGUACCGAGCCCAGCCCUUGAUAAAUCACGCCCCAAGGCUGGACUCGGAAGGUGUUGACCUGCUGACAAAUCUGCUGCUGUACAGAGCCAAGGGCCGGAUCUCAGCCGAGGCAGCCCUGCAGCACCCCUACUUCAAGAGCCUGGGAGAGCGGGUGCACCUCCUGCCUGACAACGCCUCCAUCUUCUCCCUGAAGGAGAUCCAGCUCCAGAAGGACCCCGGGCACCGAGGCUCAGCCUUCCAGCACUCAGCCCGAGGCAAGAACAGGAGGCAGAGUAUAUUUUAAACUCGGAUCUCGUCACCAUGGAGAUGGAAGCUCUGAGAAAGGAGAGGCUCCCGCCCGACUCUCCGCAGAAUUCCCGGCUCCAGCAGGACGAGGCUGUCCCCAAACCCCCGGGAGCUGCCCUCGAUGGACCUGUGGCCUUGUCCCCGCCUUGUUUUUGUGUUGUCCCCACUGGGAGGUGCUGCAGGGAGGAGCUGCCGCCCCCAGAGCUGCCCCGGGAGGGUUUGGGGGCUCGGGGAGGGGAUUUGUGGGGUUUGCUGGAAAUGCGCCUUUGCUCAGACAAACUGCCCUGCACCCCCCUGGUUUUUGGGGGUCUCACGUGAGGAUUGCUGGGCACGGCCCAGUCUGGCACUGGGAGCACCUGGGGCACAGCUGGAGCACAGCU